AUGUCUGCCCUGCAAGGCCCUGAAAGCAUAUUGAACAGCCAGGCUGCCACCGCAACCGCCGCCCAAUCACUUGAAAACGCGACAAGCAUCACCACAACUAUACUCUCCUCUCCGCGUGACCUCCUCGCCCUUCCCUUCCGUGGGCUCUAUCAAGCAGAACAUUUCGCCUUCUCCACCUUGCCGAGACGUCUAGGAAGAUUGGUAGGAUUACAGCAAAUGACUACACUAUUUGGGGGAGGCGGCGCCGGCGUGGCGCCGGCAGGCGACGUGGCAGUUGCAACAGCCCAAGCUGCGAAUGCUGCUCGAGAAGGAGUGGCGGAGGCUGUCGGCCAGGCUGACACCGGAUCGCAUUUUACCGACAUACUUCAAGCGUUGAUCAAGUUCAGCGGCUUCUUUUCAUACCUGACUAGUCGGUGGUCACUGGCCUGCUUCACGGUAGCCCUUAUUGUAAAUAGGAUCACGAUUUAUGCAUCCACCAGACGCCCUAUCCAUCUUGACUGGACUCGACGACUUGCAUUGAGAAUCAUCCCCAUUCUCCUUUUCCUAACCCAGAUUCAUUCCCUACUCCGUGCUAUACGGUGCCAGACAUCCCCAGAUUACUCGCUACUUCGCUACGGCUCACCCGGGAAGCGACUGCUGUUUGACUUUGGAGGAGGGGGAGGCUUCUUACACUCCCUGGGAUCUACCCUUCUACCAUGGGAGACGGACGAGCAAUCGUGCAGUGCGGUGCGCAUGAGUCGCCCUACGAGCGCGUCGGACUUCUCGCGUGGAUCGUUUGGCCUUCUGUGGCCUGUCUUCCUGCGCCUCUGUCUUAAUCAUUUCGUGGAUACCCUGUCGUGCGCACUACAAGGAAGGGCUGUCGUGACGGAAUCUGGGAUGUCGAUCUUUGAGCAUUCGCUCGCGUUCGCCGAGGCUGAGUCGACGAUCACUCAAUCCCUUGGCCUGGGACUAUUCGGCCUGCCAAAGCAGGGUGCUAGCAAGGGAGACUCCGGCGAUGGUAGCCAACCUGCUGCCCAAAUACUGAGCAGAGCCCAAGUCUUGGAGCGGAUGAAUGUCACGCCAGAAUUACUACUUAUCGCUCUAAUAUCGUGUUGCAACAGCCUAACAUCGAACCUCCUAGAUAUCCUUGGCAAGCAAAGCCGUUAUCGCUUCUUUAAUUCCGCAUUCUGGGGUCUCUGCUUUAUGUCGACUAUGGCCUGGGGCUUACUCAAUAGCUUGACUACGGCACCCGACGGCGUGGUUGUGAAGUUCCCAACGGUUUGCAUCGUGGGUUUUAUACCUCAUUUAGCCCUCUUUCUCGGUACUAUCGCUUGCGGGGUCAUCUACUCCAUCGCGCUCGCCAUCACUGCCUUUUCGCUGCCGGUAGGCGAUUCUCCGCGGCCGUCGCUUCGACAGCGGUUUGCUGUGGCACAUGAGAAUAUGCAAGGCGCCUCGCAGAUCCAAAAUCUUCGCUUCAAUCGUCAUGAGGACUUUUACACUGCUUUGCUUCGAACCGGAUACACCGCUAUGUUUGCUGCCAGCGAGGCAGUCUUCUUGAACGAAGGCCAAGGGGUGGUUGCUCGAGAGAUGACGUGGCUGGAGGAGGAUCGCCUAGCAGAGAUUGAGUCGUCCCGACGAAGACACCGGCCCCGCGAGAGCUGGGCUACCGGCGCUCAAGGUGUACCGUUCGAAGGCGUAGACACCAUGAAUUUCGACUCGCUCCAGACACCCCCGCCUGAGUGGGAGAGUGGAUAUAGCCGGGAGAAGAAAAUCGAGAAACCUAGGAAUGGCUCUCGAUCAGUGCGUUCUAGGACCGAUUCAGGGGGCGUCGGUGUAUUGCGAGGAGCGAUCCGAUGGUAUCAUGGAUUCUCAUUCUUUCGAGGAAUCCUCUAUCUCCUUUUAAGGUGGUUGGCUCGCGGUUUAGACAAGUUGCUCAACAAGUUUGGCAUCACAGCACGCCCACAGUGGCUAGCGAAGCUUAUAGGACCUCACAGAAAGGGGGCUCAGGAGAGAGAAACCGGCGACAAAAUCGAAUCGUACGACUUCUGGAUCCUGACGGAGGACGGCGAACUGGAGCUACCCGGGGACCACGAGUUCGAUGUCGAACGAGAGAUGCGUAAGCGGGAGCGCUCGAAUACCGUGGACUGGAAACCAGCAGAUGAAGGUCGACUGGACGAAACGCUCUAUAGCUGGUGGAAAGCCGGGGGUUCGUGGGGAAACCAGGAUCACAGUGCGGACUUUGUCCCGUCCGUCGAAGAUGUGGAUGACACGACUAGCGUCAUCUCAAUGUCUACAGCGACCGAUUCCGAAUGGGAGGACGAGUCCGAUGGCCGCCGGACACCCACGCUGGCCGAGCCUUUCCCACCCGGAUUCUCUCGGGAGAGCACGCCGGCUCAAGAAUCGCUCAUGGACGUCAGUUCUUUUGCGCGCCUUCUCGACCCGCGGGAUCAGGAAAGCAGACAAGAGGCGCGCAUUCUCGCCGCGCAUCUCUCUGCUGGGCAAGAGGGUCGGGUUUUGACUCGCCGUCGGUUCCGAGAACAGGUGGAGCGCGAGCGAGCCCAGAUCCUCAUCUCCUCUAGGAUGUCUCACCUGGACGCUCAGACGUCGAGCAAUGAGAAACGAAGGCCCACACCGGAAGAAGAGAGCGAUAUCCUGGAAAGACUCAUCCUCUCGCGUCGCUCUCAAGCAGCACCCGUUGAUGGACAAACAUGGGAAUCCGGAGCCUCCGGGCUUGGACCCAGUGGGCCUCCGUGCGUGGUUUGCCGGAUGAACUCACGAUCAAUUAUCACCUGGCCAUGCCGAUGUCUCUGCGUGUGUGAGGAGUGUCGGGUAAAUCUGGCGAUGAACAAUUACGGAAGCUGCGUGACUUGUCGGCAGGAAGUCGGAGGAUUUGUGCGGCUAUGGGUGCCAUAG